AGAGGGGUUUCAGUCUCAGCCCAAAGCUUCUAACAGGCACAUCCCAUUCUUGAAGAGAGGGGGACCGAGAGACACUCGCCGUGUCCAUGUUUUUUCCUGUCAUGCCCGCACGAACCUGACUGUACCCCUCAGACUUCACCAGAAACGCUUCUUCAUAUCGAGGAAUUUACACUGCAGAGGACACUGGAGGAGACGCAACCACAAAUGCUUGCGUUCCCUUAAAUAUGUAGCUAACAAAUAUUAACUGAACGACUGAUUCCGCUAACGGCUCUGCGUAAUUUUUGAGAGACGAGUGCAGGACAUGAUCUGCACCUGACCAGCCUCGUGUCUUCAUUGAAUGGACUGAACAGCACGAGAUAAAGUUCGUCGCGCGCUUGAAGAACUUCUGUACACAUCGGAAGCACUGCUUUGAACGGAUAGCAAUCUUUAUUAAUUCCAAUUUACGCUACAUAAUCAAGUCGAGACGGCGACCUCAGUCGAUUAUCUUUCCUUCCUUUGCUAUCCCAUGGAUAUUCACUGCAAAGCAGACCCCUUCUCGGCGAUGCACCUAUCCCAUAUAGGGCACGGCGGUGUGAACCAGCUAGGGGGGGUGUUUGUGAAUGGCAGACCCCUACCUGACGUGGUCAGGCAAAGAAUCGUGGAGCUCGCGCACCAAGGAGUCAGACCUUGUGACAUCUCAAGACAAUUACGGGUCAGCCAUGGCUGUGUCAGCAAAAUUCUCGGAAGCUAUCAAAAGGAUCUUAAAAGAUAUUAUGAAACCGGCAGUAUUAAACCUGGAGUUAUUGGGGGGUCCAAACCAAAGGUGGCGACGCCCAAAGUUGUGGAUAAAAUUGCAGAAUACAAGCGCCAGAAUCCCACAAUGUUCGCCUGGGAGAUCAGAGACCGACUUCUUGCCGAGGGCGUUUGUGACAAUGACACCGUACCAAGUGUUUCAUCUAUAAACAGGAUCAUUCGAACCAAAGUCCAGCAGCCUUUCCACCCAUCCUCGGAUGGCACGGGAACGCCUCUCACCACAGCAGGACACACUAUAGUACCCAGCUCGGCGUCCCCUCCUGUGUCAAGCGCUUCCAACGACCCUGUGGGGUCCUACUCUAUUAAUGGCAUCCUCGGGAUCCCUCGCUCCAACGGCGAAAAGAGAAAACGCGAUGAUGUUCUCUGGAGUGGCAACCACUUGGAUGGGAGGAAAAUAGGAUAUUAUGGUUCAGAUGGCUCUGGCCCAAACAGUGAUUCUCAGGGUAGCGUGGAGAGUUUACGGAAGCACCUGAGGGCCGAUGCCUUCACUCAACAGCAGCUGGAGGCUCUGGACCGCGUGUUCGAGCGGCCGUCGUACCCUGACGUCUUCCCCACGUCAGAGCACAUCAAGCCAGAGCAGGCUAAUGAAUAUUCGCUACCAGCACUGAACCCUGGACUGGACGAAGUCAAGCCCAGUCUGUCGACCAGCGCCAAUUCAGAUUUGGGCUCCAGCGUGUCACAGAGCUACCCGGUAGUGACAGGUCGAGACAUGGCCAGCACGACCCUACCAGGGUACCCACCUCACGUUCCCCCCACUGGGCAGGGCAGCUACCCCACCUCUACACUUGCUGGAAUGGUGCCUGGAAGCGACUUUUCAGGAAAUCCCUACUCUCACCCACAGUACACAACCUACAAUGAAGCUUGGCGGUUCAGCAACCCCGCGUUAUUAAGUUCCCCUUAUUAUUAUAGUGCCGCAUCCCGGGGCUCCGCCCCUCCCACUGCUGCCACUGCCUAUGACCGCCACUAGUUACCAUGGCAACCCAAUCAAACUGCAGGACCAUGGCCGCGGCCUCCAUAUCGUACCAGUCUGAAAGCCGUUAAAGUCAGAGGGAUUGAAGAAGGCUACACAAUCUUCAGUUUCAUGGGGCCGAGAUCGGAUUAGGAGGGUCGAGCAACAGCGCCCCCCCACCCCCCCCCCACAGACAUCAACUAUACCCCCCCACAUCAUCGACACUAAGGCUCUCGUUCUCUAAAUCACUGAACAAUGACUGAACUAUGUCCUGAAAGACUUCUGAAAGAUUCUACAAAAAUAUAUAUAUUAUACAAGAUAUAAAACAAGACGAACCGUGUGAAGAAUACAAAGUAACAAUUGAUGUGUUGUUGUUUUUUUUCUCUCUUUAAAUCAAUCAAUACAUUCCUCUACAUGCUGUAUUUAGUAUCGCUAACAGUUCACACACAAGGUUGCCUGAGGCCUUUAAAGUAAUUUGCCCAUGUCCUACCAUUUCACGAGUGUCUUACCUCUCACGGACGGAACAGCAAUGUGUACCACUCAGUUGAGCAUAAAAGGAAACUGCCCAGUUUUCUGUCAAACAGAACAGCAAAACAGUUUUCAAAGCCAUCACUGACUCAUGGUAUGAUUUAACAUUUUCUGUGAUACACAAUCAAAAUGGGGGAAAAGAAAAUAGAAAAAAGAAAAAUCAGGUCAUCAACACCGGAAAGAAAAACUGUUGCUGUUCAUGGCCUGAAAAGAAAUCAGUAUAUUAAAUUAUUGUUUUGGUUUAGCUGAUGGUUUGUGUGCGUGUGUGCAUUUAUGUGUGUCAUACAUUUUUCGGAUUUAUCAUGUGUAAUAUCAUUGGUGCCGCUUUUCUCGUUUGCACUAUUUUGCAUCACUGCAUUUAUAAGUACAAAUGAAUCACAGUUAUCUUCUGAAGUUUGUCAGAUUACAUGUUAUAUUUAAGUACAGAGGUCUACUCUAACCGAUGGAGUAACAACAACACUGGACAAAAAAUGACAAAAGCUGAUCAUUUUUUAUUUACAAACUAGUCUUUGUUCCUUUUAAGGAUCCAUUUGUUUCACACUAAGGGACAACAUUUCUAUAUUGUGGACCUGAGACAGACCUACUCUGGCUCAAAAAAAAAAUUCAUUAAUUGUACAACAAAUGCCUUACAGCUUUUUUCUCUUUUUUUUGCUAUGGUCCUGAGAGGUAGACAUGCAUGUAACCCUUCUGUGGUUCAACAAACAUUUCUCUAAAUGCUAAGUGGGAUAUCAAGGAAAGGAAUGAAAACGGUCCAUACACACACUGGAAAUGUAAAGUGAAUGUACUUUAUACCACGUUUGCCAAAGACUUAGUUUGAUAUUUAAUAUUUUAUUUGCUGUAUCUGUCAAUAAAACAGUAUUAUGUUUUAAUAUUAGUCAAUACUGAUUGUAUAUGUGAUAAUAAAACAAAAGAACAAGAUCCAUCUUAGCCCCACAGCGAUGUACACACACGAAAGGUGAAUUCUGUUACUUAAAGGUAUGUCAUUUGCAACAAAAUGCUGCUUUGUAGAAUGAUUUGUGUAUAAUGUGAAAACAAUUCUAUGUAUAUAAGAUCACCUACAUUUCACCAUCGCAGUAUCGUACUAAUUUACUGAUUCCAUUUGUAGAUAUGAGAAUUGAAAGAAAAAAAGAUUGACAUUACAUUUGUGUCUUCAACGUGUUGUGCUUUGCUAAAACGCACAACGAAAAGUUUGAAACCCGCCCCCGGGUUUCAAAUGCUGUCACCACAUGUGCGGCUGUCUGUAUGUUUUGGUUUGGUUUUUCUUAACUUGUUCAUACUGUUUAAGUCUCUAUGCAAAUUGAGUAAAAUGGUAUUCUGUAUUCACCUUUAUUGCUGCAUUUUAUUUUUUAAUUUUAAAUGAUCCCUAAAUCCUGUAUAAAGGAUAAGCCUGUAGAAAUUAACAAAUACAUUUCACAUGCCUGGAUUUGUGGAUUGCUUUUGUACUUUGAACCUUGCCGUAUUUUCAACAUACAAUUGAACAUAAUACUAAAUGAUGCUUUCUUGCCAACACAGAGUUAUUUAUUACGAGAACAGAUCCUUUGAUAAGUCCAAAUUCAUCGCAUGCAAUGGAAAAUCAAAACAAGUGUAUGCAUACACACAUGAAUGUACACACAGAACAGCCACACAUUCUAAUUCAUACACACAGGGAAAAUAUUUUGGGCAAUUGUUAGGUUAAACUAUAGUCCCGAUUACAAUAAAGCACGCUUCUUCAUUUUAUGAGAAGCAAACAGCAGCAGAGGAAAGGGGGGUCUUAAAAUAUGUAUCACAACUGUCAUUUUUUAUAAAGGUUAGAAUUUCUGAUGAAAAUAUGUAACAAAACACACAUGGCCUCAGCCAUCUCUUUAUUCAACCUCUGUCCAGUUCUUUUUUUGUGCAUAUGAGAAAUAAAUUUUUUGUAUGUCAGCCUGUGACCGUGGUGG